AUGGUGAGCAACGGCACCAAGAGGUCCCGUUCCACCACCUCUGAGUGCUGGAAGGACUUUGAAAAGAUCUUCAAGGACAUCAAUGGGAAGAAGGUAAGGGUCUCUGCCAAGUGUAAUCAUUGUGGCAUUAUAUAUGUUGCUAGAUCUUCCAUUGGCACUGACCAUCUCAACAGGCAUAUUGAGAAAUGCCCAAACAGAAGGGCUAAGGUUCGUAAUUUCGAGUCUCUGAUCCAUUUCAACCCUGACAGUUCUGUCCGUCAAUGGGAUUACUCUGCUGAGGUAGUUCGUACUCAACUAUGUCGUUUGAUUGCUAGACUAGAUCUUCCUCUAUGUUUUGGUGCAUCUCCUGCUUUUGAAGAGUAUAUUAAACUUGCUCAUAAUCCUAGGUUUUCUGCUGUCUCUAUGCAAUCAACCACUAGAGAUAUGUGCAAGUACUUUACUGAUUGCCGUGCUAAGCUUAUUGAAUCAUUUGUUGCCGUUUCAUCUGUGUCUAUCACUUCUGAUAUCUGGUCUGAGAAGAGGUUAAUUGGUUUAAGGCUUAUUGAUGAAUCUCACUCUGGCCAGAACAUUUCUGACCGUGUGACUAGUGUGCUAGAGGAGUAUGGUUUGAUUUCAAAGGACCAAGAUUGUAACUUGUGCUACUGCUGCAUACAUGUUGUUGUCAAUGAUUUGGUGGCUGCUGGUUUGAAGACAUCAAAGGGAUUUAAGAAGCACCUUUUUAAUGGUUGUGCUAGGGUUAUCAAUGAGAAGUUCACCACAAGGAUCACUGGUGAGCAAGUUAAGAAUCAUUUGAAAACAUGGCAGAAAAGGUAUGCAAAGAUAAAUAGAUUGAAGAAGUUGAGUGGUGCCCUCUUUGAUGAAGAAAACUGCAUGAUUACACUAGAUGAGGAGCACUACAACGGCCAUGUCCAGGAUCACAAGUCUGAUGCUGAGUACUUGAACAAGCCCCUCUUGCACUAUAGAGAGAUGACGGCAAUAUUUGGCAAUACAAUGGCUACUGGAAAUUUUGCAAAAGACUCAAGUGCACCUCUAGGUAGAGAGGAUGAUGAGGGUGAAAGUCAAGAAGAGGGGGAUGAGGUUACUGGGCAUGGUCCAAGUGAGGGGCAUACCACUCAAGGGGCAACGUCUUCUGCUAGUAGACCUAGUAAGAAGCAAAAGAUAGCUGAAAUGGAGGAGGAUGGGCUGGUUGCCGCCUUCAAAAGUGUAGGUGAGAACCUUGCCGCUGCCAUAAAAAUGGUAGCUAAACCUGAUAAUGAGCUGCCACCUGACCUACACAUAUCUUUCUACUAUGCUCAUUUGGUGAGCAAUCCUCACAUUGGCAAAGCUUUCUAUAACUUGCCAUUCGAGCACAAGUUAAAUUGGGUCACAAUGUUCAUCGCUGAGAAGUUCCCUGGAAUGUAA